AUGCAGGACAUUAUUACCCGACUUGCGUCUAGGAUCCCGAAAGAUAAGGGCCCCUUGAAGCUCCUAGAGUUGGGGGCUGGCACUGGGGAAACGACCAAAGGGAUGGCUGCAUUGCUUGCCCAGCUGAAUAUCCCGGUUGAGUAUACAUUCAGCGACCUCUCCGGAUCCUUUGUGGCGGCUGCCCGGAGAAACUUCAAUGCCUAUCCGUUCAUGAAGUUCCGCGUUCAUGAUAUUGAGAAGCCCCCAGCCAACGACCUCCUCGGCACUCACAAAUCAUCAUCGCCAGCAAUGCCAUCCACGCUACGCAUAGCUUGA